UCCCAGCGUGUUGUUGUUGUUGUUUCAGAAUCAGGACAAUCAGAGAGCACAAACCAGCAAGGAGACACAGACAUCAAGCCCUCCCCCAAUGGGCACUUGAGUUUCCAGGACUGCUUUGUGACGUCCGGGGUGUGGAAUGUGACAGAGCUGGUCAGAGUAACUCAGACGCCGGUUGCCACGGCGUCGGGUCCUAAUUUCUCCCUGGCCGACCUGGACAGUCCGGGCUACUACAACAUAAACCAGGUCGCACUGGGGCGCCGCUCAAUAACGUCCCCGCCCUCCACCAGAUCAGUCGAAGUGGAGCUUUAUUCCAGCCUGCCUCGGAGCUCCACUAAGCGCAAGUCCAUCGAUGACAGUGAGAUGGAAAGCCCGGUGGAUGAUGUCUUCUAUUCGGGCCGCUCCCCCGCUGCCAGCAGUAGCCAGUCCAGCAGCUGGGCGAACGAUGUGGACGCAGUGCAGCACCAUUUGGCAAAUGUGCAGGAGAGGAAGAUUAAGCAUGAAAAUGAUGGCGUGCAGUAUCCAUACCACGGACUGUCGUCGCCUGGUUCUCUUAAGAAGCCGGGAAAGUUCGAUUUCAGCAGUGCCCUGUCCCCACAGACGAGGUCGGCGCGCAUGGCUUUCACCCACCAUCCGCUGCCUGUCCUAACGGGAGUGAGACCAGGUAGCCCUCGUGCCUCAGCCUCCGCGCUGCACUUCCCCUCGUCCUCCAUCAUCCAGCAGCCCAGCCCCUACUUCACCCACCCCACCAUCCGCUACCACCCCCACCCUGGACAGGACCCGCUCAAAGAGUUUGUCCAGUUCGUCUGCUCCGACGGCUCGGGACAGCCCUCCGCACAGCCAAACGGGAGCGGCCAGGGCAAAAUGCCGGGCUCCUUUCUGCUUCCACCCCCUCCUCCCGUGGCCCGACCAGUGCCCCUCCCCAUGUCCGACACAAAACCCAGCAGCACACCCCCAGACGGUGGACUGGCCUCGCCCACAUCACUGUCAUACGCAGCGCCAGGCUCCACAGCUGCCAACAGGUUUGUCAGCAUCGGAUCAUCACGGGACAACAACUUUCUAAACAUCCCGCAGCAAACCCAGUCUUGGUUUCUCUGACAAGACCUCAUCCAAAAACCGAAAUUGCUUCUAAUUUGACCCUGAAUCACGAGACUGGCCCUCCUCCCUGUUUCACCGCGGAAAUUCAAAGCAGCAGCCCAGAGAGAGGAGCGAAGGAGACCGAGGCAGCGGAGCCUGCGAGAGGGAGAGGCGAGGGAAGAGGAUGGGGCGUCAUCUCAAACGAAACGGCGACAAACGAAAGCCACAAUUGCAAACUAAAAAAUAAAUACGUACCUGGGAAAUGGGAAAUGGGAAAUCAACAAACAAAAAUAAUAAAUAAUUAACGCGGAGAAAUCCAAACGGUCUUGAGACGGUCGUUUCAUAGGAACACAAAGCUGUCCUUCUAAUCGUUUUAACAGAACUGCAAAACAGUACUGCUGAUGGGGCAGGGGGUGGGGCAGGAGAUCAGGGUUCGAGUGAUUUGCUGCACGCUGAACACAAUUGAUUUUAGAAGUCCCAAAGCGACUAGAAAUGAGGCUUUCAUCGUCCAGACUUCCCCAAUCAGAUCUCUAAAUUUAUCAUUUUCCCCUCAUCAAUUCUCAAAAUCCAUUCCCCGAAUAUGAUCAAUUCACCACCCAUGCAGAAUGUGGGGCAUUUGUUCUUCAUUUUACCCCAAAUAAUGCUGCCGUCAACAAUGACCCCACAUUGAACCCUGUACUAACCUUCUCUAAAGGUUGGUGAUGCUGUAGUUUUGACGCCAUAUAGUGUAUUUGGACUUCAAUCUUUAGUGAAGUCUUGCCUGAAUUGAUGAGCGUUUAAAGUCAGACAGUUUCUCAUAUUCUCUGUCUUCAGUCUUGUGUUUUUAUUUGGAAUGCCGUUCGGCACAUGCUACAAGAAACACCUGUCUCUGUGUGCCGUGUGACGCUUAGAGAUCAACGAUCAGUACAGGCAUCUGAAAUCCCUCCUGCAGCCAACAGAUGGUGCCCGCUGACCGUUAGACUACCCUUUAAUGCCACUGUUUAAAUGACGGGGGUUUUACUCAGAAACUGACAGGGUCUCCCUCAUUGGCCCCAGUUCUGGUUGCAUUGGGCCAGGCUGCAGUCCGCGUGGCUCAGUCACUCAACCCAACACCCUAGCCUGCCCACCAGCAGUACACAAACAAACUGGACAACAGCCGUCAAACGGCAGCAAGGGCUGGAGGAAGAACUGACCAGAUACAGCCAGCCAGCUUAGAGAAAGCUCCUGUAUCGUUUCCUGUUUUCAGCCGACGUCACUGCUGAGCAGUUCCCCGAGCUCUAUAGAGCUCUAAAACAUGUCUUCUCUCCACUGCUGGUAAGCCAGAGUGCAACCGUUAACAAGUCCCCCCCCUGCAACAUUCUGCCCUUUGUAGAUUUUCAUACCACUGGGGGGGGGGAGACUUUAAAUGAAUGCACUCUGAUGUACAAGCAAUGAGGAAGGCAUGUUUUAGAGCUCAGAAAAAUAAUACUGGAGUGUUGCGGGGGGGGGGGUUACACUCUGUGCAUGUUUGAGAGCUCUAAUGAGGAGACAGGGUUGCUUUCAACUUUUAAAAAGUCACCAGCGUGUGAUGACUGGAAAGCGAUCACGAAGCAAUUCAAACAGAAAAGAGGACACCAUUAGUUAAAAGACUGGCCUUUCAUUACCGCCUCAAGUUGCUUUUUAAGCCUAGAAGCAGCUUCUGUAGACAGGCGUGGAUGGGUCUGUGUCAACGUUUCUUCCUCCGGCAAAGAAAUAUCAAUUUCAAAUAACGUCAACAAAAGCUAAGCAGAGCUAAGCAGGCCCUGUCUAGACACACAUAGGAAGCCACCUCAUGAUAACAGCGAGAAUAACAUUUGCAGGUUACUUCUUUUUCUUGGCGCUUUCAACGCUUUUUCAUUAGUAGUUAGUCGUUUGCUUUCUUUUUGCUAAACGGAUUUUCAGCUUUCACAGACAGAAACGCACACACACACGCUCCCGCGCAGACAGAAACGCACACACACACACGCUCCCGCGCAGACAGAAACGCACACCCACGCAUACCGCGCAGACAGAAACGCACACCCACGCAGACCGCGCAGACAGAAACGCACACCCACGCAGGCCGAAGCUCACACGCACGCACAGUGCAAGAAGCAGGACCGCAACGUAGUCAGGACCGAGGUUAUGGGUUUGGAUGCGGCUUUGGGGUGACCCCUGGUGGUCUUAAGGAGACAAUGCGUUUAAUAUAGUACAAACAGGCGACCACCGUAAGACCACCGUUAAUAUCCCAAAAUAUUUUUUUUUGUGUGUGUGUGUUUUUAACACACCGUGAUUUGGAUUCGUUUGUGAUGUUAAGUUUUUAGUUCCUCUCAAAAGUAAUUCAUUUAAAAACUUGUUAACUUUGGUACCAAACCCAUUCAGCUCAGAAACGUUAAGGAACGACCACAAAGGAAAUGUUUCGAGGAAAGGACAGCAUGGUCCCCAUCAGUGAAUUGCAAGUCAAUUAAAAACACUAACUAUGCAAGCGUCGCUGUUUUAUAAGCGAAAUUACUUUAACAAUAGGGGCUCGCUAGUAUUACAGUCAGGGUGAAGCUCUGUGAAGAUUCAACGAUAUAAACCUGAAACACAGAUAUGAUAGAAAGUUCCGUCCAAAAAAAAAAAAAAACCCUGCAAAAGACAUUUAAAAAGUUUACAUCAGCCAGUCGACAACAGAGCAGCGUUAACUGGAGCCCUGUAUUUUUAGACAGAGUGGUGACAUCACCUCUGCAGGUUGGCACUGACAACACCACAGCAUCGGGGCGCAUCCUCUGCAAACCCCAGAGGACCUUGCUCCCGUUUUACAUCAGUGGCCCCUCUUAAAGGGAAGCGCUUGCUACACGCACACGCACACGCACCCGCACUUCUCUUAAACGCAUGACAGCACAGACCCAGUUUACCAGGUUUGCAGUCAUUCAGAAAGUCAAGUCUGAAUCUUUCUCUUGUCCACCUGCACGCCGCUUUUACUACGCCGUACCGGAGAGCAGGCAGGGGCUCGGAGAACGUGUAGCUGCAAAGCCUUCAGCGAGAAAAACAGACGCUUCACUUGCUAACGAAUACCACUAAAAAACACGACGCUGUGAUUGAAUCCUGCGUGUAUUCUGAACCCGAACAGUGUUACAGCAAACAGGCGCCGAGCCCAGGCAGAAAGCCUGUCUGAACCGAACCGCCAUUCAAACUGCACGCGUUUGCGCUUUGGGUGGGAUGUGGCCGUUUCCUGCUGUUCCUUCACAUUGUUCUUUCUUUCCUCUCCCUCUCUCACACAGAACUGCGUUACAGGAGAACACGCAUCUAAACAGUAGCAGCACGGGAAAUAGCACCCCCUUCAGGCAGAAACAAUACCACACUCUAGAACGAUUGUUGGACAGGUGGCCAUAUGAUGAAAGCCACUACAAUUAAGGAAUUAUAUAUAUAUUGUCAUUUUAUAUAUGAAAAAUCUCGUAAAACAACUAGACUGUCCAUUUGCCUCCUCUCUACUAGUCCCUGGGAAGCCUUUUGUUUCCAGGGAACAAGCCCAUGUAAACAGGAAGUGCCUAUUUGUCCACUAUGCAGUUGAUUAAAAGUGGAGAGGAGAGAUUUCUUUCCUACAUAUAUAAGCUAUAGAAAGCGCUGUGAAUGUGUUUUAAAAACAACGGAAGGUCUAGCUUGGGAUUUGAUGAAUUUCUGAAUAAUCUCGCUAUCUGGUUGUUUUGGGAAUGUUUCAAUGAGAUUAAUAACACUAUAUAUAUAUAUAUAUAUUAUAUAUAUAUAUAUAUAUAUAUAUAUAUAUAUAUAUAUAUAUAUAUAUAUAUAUAUAUAGUAAUGGUAUGUGUAGAAUAUCCCAUAAUACCAGUACAUCCUCUUAUAUGGUGGAGCUUCAACAAAGCGUUCUCCAAAAUCAGAUUAAUAACAAAACCAUUUCGAGAAAAAAAAAAUUAAAUUAAAUGGCAGCCUACUUUUGUUGUUGUUGUCGUCAAGUGGGACGUAUUGUUAAAUGAGUUUAUGUCGAUUGAGCCAAGUGCAAUGCAUUGGGUAGUUUAAUUAUCUGUGUAUGUUAGGGAUUGUUAAGAAAGACGUGAAUCUAUUUUUGUUUUUAAAAGUCCAUUUGCCCCAGGACUCUAAAUUAGAGGGGGAUAAAAAGAAGAGAUCCCUGUCUUUGUAAGUUUGGGGAGUCUGUCUUUCAUUUUGUAAUGUUUUUUUUUUUUUUUUUUAAAUGUAAUCAUUUGUUUUUACACAGGAGGGCUGAAGGAACAAUUUUACGAAAAGAAAAAAAAAAUAAUGAUACUAAAUACAUAAUUGGUGCUUUUUACGAUAAAGUACAUUCAACUCUAUUAUACAGAAAUAAUAAACAAAAUAAUUCUUAUCAUAAAGCAAUUUUAGGGGAAAAAAAUGCAUCUUCUUUUUCUUCUUCUUCUUCCUCUUCUUCCUCUUCUCUUUUUUGUAUUAACUGGGGGCGUUUCAUUUUAUUCCAAGCUGUAGCAAAAUGCCACUUCCCCAACUUCAUCACGCAUCGAGGAGGCAGAAUCUAUUACUCCCAGUAACGCUGAUGAUGAGACACAUGCAAAACUGAGCGUGACAGACAGACAGACAGACAGACUGACAGACAGACCCCCCCCCCCCAAUCUAAUACACUCAAAAACCUAAUAAUGUUUCAUUGUGGAAAGAAAAACCUGCAUUAGAAUGAUGUGCAAACUUCGUUCUGCUGACACCUGUUUAAGAAACCUGAGCAUCACUUUGGGGUUUGAAAGGCUUCCAGGAGAGGCAGUGGUAUCCCUGUUGUUCACCUGUAGUAGAGUUUAGUCUUUUUAUGUUGUAAUACACCAUCAUAUUGCCUGUCCUCAAACUCAUUUUAAACUCAGAGUGACCUCGCCUUUAGCAGAAUUGAUUGGUUUCAGCUUGGUUGGUACAGCGCAAUAGCAAGGCAUCAAAAUCAAAUUUAAAAUUAAAACACAUUUUUAAUAAGCUAUGGCAAUGAAUAAAGACAAGAUCUUCCAGUUAGGAGGAUGCAACUGACAGCGUCAAAUCUCAAACCAUAAUAAUUCGAUCGCAGGGUUUUUUCCACACUCAUAUGAGGACUGAUUUGGCCACUGUUGAUUCUGCUGCGUGAAACCGAAGAGCAGUCUGUCGCGAUAGCAGGAACCGCUGAGUGUCUGAGUUGGCGUGUUGAAGUUGGUCAGUGGCUUUUGCAUGCAGUUACGAUCAUGCAUACACAACGCACCCCUUUGAAGAAAAAAAAAAACUAGCCUUGGAACGGUAUAUACUGUAUAGCACUAAAACUAAUUGUUGUGAUUAUACUUCAUCUCUUUGUUAAAAAAAAAAAAAAAGUCUCAUCUUGGUCUCUCUCUUUCUUUUUCCUCUCCUGCUCACACUGGAGUUGUGUAGUCGACCCUUCUCGGUUCCUCUUUUGCGCUUCUCAAUGUCUGAGCGGAAUGCAAGCUGUCACAUAUUGUUAUAUGGUCUGUACGCUUCAUAUUGUAUAUCAUACUGAUUUCUUCAGCUUUUCCAUUGAACAGCUAAUGUAAGUGAACAAGUUACACCCACGAACCCAGGGCCGGAGGGGGUGUGUACAGAGACCUGUGCUUGCAGAAACGGGCACCAGCCUGAGGAGGGACAAAAUUGGGUUCUUUUUUGUAUUAUUUUAAGGCGGAGAGCACCUUAAGAGCACCUUCUUUGUAAUUUUUUUUUUUUAGUAGUUGGGUUUUUACAGCUGCACUUUAUUUUUUCAUUAAAACGCCUUAAAGUCUUCACUUUGACAGGUUCAUUUCGGACACAAUAAGAAGCAGAUUACCCCCUCUGUUCCCUAAAGCCCUCUCGAAUCCUAAGCUAGAAGUACGGCACGACGGUUUAAAAUCUGUUUCUUUCAUUGGUAGUCUUCGGGAAGCACGCACGUACGUUCCCGUGUAAGCGCCUUCACAUUUUCAAUGAAGUCCUUUAUAUCAGGAACUGACUGGAAUUCUAGAUGCAAGUUUAGAAAUACUAAACAGAACCUUAAUCAAUUCAAUGGGAAGCGUUUCACUAGAAGUCUUUCUGGGUGUCCUGCAGGGAGAACUUUUAGUCCAAACGUGUUUAGUAUUUCUAGAUGUUGCAUUGUUGAGAGAUUCAUAGUGAUGGGUGUGAAGAGGCUGUGGCCAGCUUUGGAACUGUAUUGCUGGCUGUGAAUCCCCUAUACUUCUGUAGAGAAUGCUUAGAUCAUGGCACAGUGCCUCCCUGUCUCUUAAAAACAAACAUUCCCCCUAAAUAUUAGACUCCUGUGAAGCUAGGAAACAGGAUUCCGAUGAGAAACCGUUCCGCGGAAUUCCAGUUUGGGCAUUCCAUAUUGCACUUGCUCUGUGACUAACCCUAGCCAAGCCUGUCACUCGGAAGACGCUUAUUUUGUUUGGAUUUGUGAAUGGGUAGAGUGGCCCUCGUAUCCGGGCCCGGAUUUUGCAGUCAGAUCCCUCCCUCCCUCCUCGCUGGGGGUGCCCUGUCUUUCUGGAAGCACGGCCCCUGGGUUCAUGGUGAAAUGCAUGUGUUAAAUACAGUUUCUUUUCCAUAAUAAUAAAAGCAGUUUUAUAGAGCAGUGAAUAAAAGGAUGUUCUUGACUGUAAA